AUGACUGUGGAUGGUGCCAAGAAGACUCGCAACUUGAGCAAGCAGCAGCAGAUUGACCUGGUGGUGAAGCUUCUUUCCCAGAAGAGCUCGCUGGCCAAGUCCGUGGCAGAGAGGGUGGAGCAGGGGAAGACGGUGACGGCCCAGGGCCUGGAGUUCGACGUGCCGGUGCUGCGGGCAGCGCUCGCCAAGUGGGAGGCCCACAAGAGCAGUGCUCAGCUGGAGAGCGACAGACCUGCGACACCGCCAUGCAAGAGGGCGAGGCUGCAUCUUUUCGCCAUGGACUUCUGCCGGCCUUUGACGCGGGCGGAGAGCGAGGUCUUCGACAUUUGCUUCCCGCCGGAAUCGUCAUUGGAUUUGAGCAAGACUAGCGUGACCGCAGACCUGGGGGACGUGGACAGGGCCGUGGCCGUGUUCCGUGAGCACGGCUUCGUGGUGCUGCGGAACGCGCUCACGGCGGCGCAGGUGGCGGAGGUGCAGAAGGCGUGCAGCGGGUUGCAUGAGGAGAUCAAGAAGCAGGACCCCGAGGCCAGAGGCAACCGGGACCCGGGCAGGUACUCCUUGGGGUCAGUCACGCCUUCUGGCCAGUGCUGGCAUUUGAGGGGAUUUCUACAUCUCCUGGAGCAGCAGUUUGUGCACGCAGUCGCGGACGCGAUCUUCAAAGGGCCCGAAGUGGGCUCCCGAUAUGUGGUGAGCGGCGCAGGAGGCGACUACUGCACAGGCAGCACUGCGCAUUUCCAGAAGCUGCACAGCGACAUGCGGCCUGCCCAGCCACUGAAGGGCCAGGGGAAAGGCUACUUCCAGGAUGCCCCCAUCCAUAGCAAGGAGCAUCCGCCCUGCGUCGCAGUGAAUUACAUCAUUCAGGAGCUCACGCCCUGGAAUGGGGCGAUGCGGAUCGUGCCCUGGCGAUCCAUGCAGCAGUACUGCCAGGCGCGAAACCGGGUGGAACUUCCCGCGCCGGGCUUGGAGGAGGAGUACCGCCAUUGCAGAGACUGGCUGCAAUCCAAGAUCUUCCCUUUGCAAGCUGGCGAUUGCCUCAUCCGGGAUAUCCGGGUGUGGCAUGGCGGGUGCCCCAACUUGUCCGGCGAAGUCCGGUUUUUGCCCAGCAUGGAGCUCUGCUCCGGGGCUUACCACCGGCACCUGCAGGCCACUCACAAGACCAGCAAGCGCCUGGGGCGGUCGCUGCCUCGGGCUCUGCACCGGCAGCUCAGCUCCAACGUCCAGGCUCUCACGGCGCAUUUAGCAACCACUGGCAACCAGGAGGCUGAUGCGCACAUCGACGAUGUGCGAUGGCUCAGGAAAGACCUGGCGCAGGAGGGCCGCAACGACAACUACCUGAGCCUGCACAAUGUGAUCUCGGAGGAUGUGGAGGGCAUGGUGAAGCAUUUGCAGCGGUUGCAUCGCAUGAACGCUUGCAAUGCCUUGCUGGAAGAGCUCGGGGCCCGCAGCCCCCACCUGCACGCGAUGUUCCUGGAGUGGCGUCAGGUUCAGCCGCAGCCGGUGAAACCAAUUGCCGUGAACCGCUGGAAGAGGGGGCGGAACAAGAUGAGCCAUGGGGGAUAUGAGUGCAUGAACAUUGGCUGAUUGGAUCGUCCAGACCAGCCAUUUCAUGGAAAGUCUGGUGGCCUGGGGAGGUCACCCUGUAUCUAAUCAGGAGGUGUGAUCCAGGCAGGUGCGGCUUCCAAAGAAGGAGCCACGACGUCGAUGGGAAAUGC